CUGAAGCGACUAUAAGACGGCGUGCCGGAUGCCGCGCAGCGAAGUUUACGAAAAUGAAAGAGUUUUGCGCGAUCGUCGUUCUCGCUGCCGUUUUGACGCCGCUGCGCGGACAAAUUCACUACGUUCCCGCCCAAGUGCUCAUCCCGACGAUAAACGGGACGUAUGUUCUGGCAAAUUCGUCGGCGACAGGGACCGGUUACAGACCCCCAGCCAGCUACGUAGACAAUCAGAGGUAUAAUAACAGCUUGAACACCAGGAACAACACCUCGGGAGGUGUCUACAACGGUACUCAGGAUGGACAUUUGUUCGUUGGGGAUGUCCAGCUCUACGAUAGAUUGCUUUUCAGUCAGGUGUUCCGCAAAGAGGGCCGAUGGUGGGGCAACAGGGAGAAAACCAUAGAAUACCCGCAGGCAUCUCCCGCGGGAUACACGCGCCAGGAAAGAAUUUCCUCGAUUCGGAUCUACAAUCAGUUUUUGGAUGGGAAUUCCGCACGCGCCUCGAUAAUCAAGGGCGGCGUCGGCUUCCAGUACGUCAAAAUCAGGUUGGAGUCUAAAUGGGGCAAGGGGUUCCAGUAUUUGGUCCAAAUUUACGGACAUUGAGUUGGAAACGUUAAUGUGACUCGGGUUUAGAAAUAAAUAAAAUAGCCCUGAACCAAAAAGAAACAGAAAAAUUUCAUUACCAAAAA